GGAAAUAACAGUUCACAUUUUAAUAUCUAGUUUCGGUAUUCUUAACCAUGCAGGCUUUGAUGAAUUACAAGUAUUACGAUUCUCCUGAAGGAAAAGAUGGUUUCCAAAAGAUGUUCUACAUGUCCAAACACGCUGCCUAUUUCGGUUUGGGUAUCGCUGCAACGGAUGUUCUCUUGUUAUCCCAUCCCAAGGGAUAUGUUCAAACAGCUGGAAGGUUUGUCCAUUAUAUGGGACCAAUUACAGCAAUGGCUGCAGCAUUUGCAGCAACAACUUGUAUAGCCACAUCACUUCGUGGGAAGGAUGAUCGCUUGAACUAUGUAAUAGGUGCUGCAAGUUCAGCUGCUAUCUAUGGAACUUGGAAGAAUAGCCUAUCUGGUGGUUUGCAUGCCUUUCUUCUUUUUGGUGUCGCUGCUUAUAUGAAGAAAAAAUCUGUGGAAGAGGGAUGGGAGUUUUUCCCCACAGCUAAAAAGCAAAAGAAUUUCUUAAAUUCCCUUGAGUAUGAUUUUUCUUCAUUGAAGGAUAAAUAUAAAUAAGCUGCAAGUGAACUUGAAUGUGAUGUAAAGGAUAUAUAGAAAAAUAAAGUGUCGGUUAGAGAAGG